CGCCGCGGCCCAGAGCCUCACCCGGGCUCAGUCGCCUGCACCACCGCCGGGAACAUGGAGCCCCCGGAUGCCCGCGCAGGGUUGUUGUGGCUCGCGUUCCUGCUGGCGGGUCAUCCAGGUGCCCAGGCUGAGGUGCAUGUAUCUGUGACCCCACUGGUAGAAGGGAUGCGAGGGGAGCGGAUCACCCUGGACUGCACGCCCUUGGAGAAACCUGAGCACUUUGUGCUGGAGUGGUUCCUUAUCGAUGCUUCUGGGGCCCGAUACCACCUGGCUUCCGUGGAGCCUCAGGGCUCAGAACUACUGGGUACAAUACAUGACUCUCGGGGCCGCAGACCCCCAUACCAGGUGGACUCUCUUGGGCGCCUUGUGAUGGAUGAUGCCCAGGUGGCCGAUGAUCGGGACUAUGUGUGUGUAGUGAAGGCUGGGGCAGCAGGUACCUCAGAGGCCACCUCAAGGGUCCGUGUGUUUGCAAAACCAGAGGCCACUGAGGUAUCUCCCAACAAAGGGACAUUGUCCGUGAUGGAAGAUUUUGCUCAGGAGAUUGCCACCUGCAGCAGUCACAAUGGAAACCCGGUAUCUCAGAUCACGUGGUAUCGAAACGGGAAGCGUCUGGAGGUACCCAUGGAGAUGAAUCCAAAGGGCUACAUGACCAGUCGCAUGGUCCAGGAGGCCUCUGGCCUGUACUCUCUCACCAGCACCCUCUACCUGCGGCUCUACAAGGCUGACAGGAAUGCCAACUUCCACUGUGCGGCGCACUAUCACUUGCCUUCUGGCCAGCAUGGCCGCCUGGACAGCCAUACCUUCCGCCUCACCUUGCACUAUCCCACGGAGCACGUGCAGUUCUGGGUGGGCAGCCCGUCCACCACCGAGGGCUGGGUACGCGAGGGAGAUGCUGUCCAGCUGCUCUGCCAGGGUGAUGGCAGCCCCAGCCUGGAGUAUACAUUUUUCCGCCUCCAGAACACCGAGGAGAAGCGGCUAAAUGUCAACCUGGAAGGUAACUUGACCCUGGAGGGGGUACGUCGGAGCCAGAGUGGAACCUAUGGUUGCAGAGUGGAGGACUACGAUGCUGCAGAGGACGUGGAACUAACCAAGACCCUGGAGCUUCGUGUGGCCUAUCUGGACCCGCUGGAGCUCAGUGUGGGUGAGGAGCUCUUCGUCUUCCUGAACAGCAGCCAUACGAUGGUGAACUGCUCUGCCAGCGGCCUACCUGCCCCUACUGUGCGCUGGACCAAGGACUCUGUGCCCCUCGGAGAUGGCCCCGUGCUCUCCCUCAGCUCCAUUACCUUCGACUCGGCUGGCACCUACGUAUGUGAGGCCUCUUCACCCACGGUCCCUCUCCUGAGUCACACACAGAGCUUCCAACUGGUGGUCCAAGGGUCCCCAGAGUUAAGGCCAAAAGAAAUGGAGCCCAAAUCAGGGGACAGCUGGACAGAAGGAGAUGAAGUCAAGCUAGUCUGCUCUGCCCGAGGCUACCCAGAGCCCAAACUCACCUGGAGCCAGAGAAGCGCCACUCCAGCAGAACCACCCUUCGAAGGCAAGGGCUGGGUGAGCAGCUCGCUGACCUUGAAAGUGACCAGUGCCCUGAGCCGAGAGGGUGUGUCCUGUGAGGCCUCCAACACCCAUGGCAAGAUAGGCCACGUCUUCCACUUUGGCUCUGUGGCCCCUCAGACCGCCCAGGCCGGAGUAGCCGUCAUGGCAGUGGCCGUCAGUGUUGGUCUUCUAUUGCUUGUGGUUGCUGCCUUCUACUGCAUGAGACGCAAGGGGCGCCCCGGCUGCUGCCGGCGGACUGAGAAGGGGGCUCUGCCACCUGGGGAGCCAGAACUGAGCCACUCAGGCUCUGAGAGGCCAGAGCAGACAGGCCUUCUUAUGGGAGGGGCCUCCGGAGGAGUCAGAGGUGGCAGCGGAGGCUUUGGAGAUGAGUGCUGAGUCCAGGGACCUCGCAGAGGCAGGCGCUGGACCUGCAGCUCCAGACAUCAUCAGAGGACCAGCUCUGCUCAUGCCUCCACCUCCUUCCUCCUCUAGCCUUGGCCCUCCCUUCCUUCCUCUGCCUGCUGGGCAGGGACCCACAGUGGCCCGCAGGCCUCCAGGAGAGAAGGAGGGAGGUUGGAGCGCUGGGAGGGGACCUUCCUCCAGGGAAUGCGACUCUCAGGCCCCAGAAUAGCUCCUGGACCCAAGCCCAGGUCCCGGCCUGGGAUAAGGCGCUGAGGGUCUAAGGGUCUGCUGGCCCAGGCUAUUUUUACCUCCUGUUUCCCCUGCUGGUCCCCCCACACACACCUGAU